CUGGAAAGUUCUUGGAAAUUGUUCUUUUGUGUACGACAAUGUUAAAUGGCGAUUAGGUUGUUAACAACAAACACCAAAGAAAGACGUAGAGGUCCUGACAGAUUCAGAGCUUAACAGAAUGCAUAUUCUUUUUCUGUUGGAUAUUUGGUUCUGCAUUACGGCGGGCAUAGUUUUUAUCUUCUGCGACAAGCGACACCGGUUUGACAACAGUUUCUUGGGCGCACAGGCGAUAGCGACCAACUAGCACACCUCCAAAGAGCUUGACACGACAAUUUGGUUGUAGAUGCUGAGACGAAAAAAGAUCUAGUAGCGUUUAGUUUUCUUUCGGUUUGUCAUUUGAAUAGUACGGUGUUGGCCAAAAACCACGAAUAGUACGGGAAACAGGCAGUCUAUUUUACUACGAGUUUGAAUUGACAUGUCAAGGUGCAACGAAUUUAGUGGUAACGAUGAGGUCAUUGGUUGUAGCAGCUAGCUAGGUGCCCAAGUAUCAUGUUGAGAUUUAAUAUAUGUAAAAUGAAAGUCACUGGAGUAGUUUGUUCAUUUGCAGAAAGACAAGGGAUCAGCGCGUUCAUUCAUAAAUCCAGUAAAGCUGAGUGGAUACUGUAGAAGUCUUUGACCGCUCAUCUUUGAAGGACUUUUGCACACACUGAUUGGAUGCGUACUGGGGUUCUCCAAUGACCUGUCACUCCUCCGAUUCUACGGAAACCAUCGAAAAUGACAGGAGAGCAGAGGCAGAAACCCGAGUCGCACAGUCCGAAAUGGGACGAAUCGCCGCAGCCAUGAGAGACCUCAAAAAUACUGGCUGGUACUGGGGCCGCCUGACAGCCAAUGAAGCCAAAGAGAUCCUUCAGGAUGCAUCAGAAGGUACAUUCCUGGUCCGUGAUAGCACCCAGAGAGACUACCUCUUCACCAUCUCUGCCAUGACAUCGGCUGGGCCCACCAACCUGCGCAUAGAGUACAAGGAAGGCAAGUUCAAGCUGGACUCUGUGGUACUGGUCAAGCCCAAACUUAAGCAGUUUGACAGUGUGGUCCACCUGGUGGAGCAUUAUGUUCAGCUGUCCAGGACUUCCUGUAAGGGUGGGACCGCUCCACUGGCCCCAUCCAAUGGCACAGUGCAGCUCCUUCUGACAACUCCUGUGUACACAGCUAUACCUUCUCUUCAGCACUUGUGUCGCAUUGCCAUCAAUAAAACUACACGACAGGUACAAGAGCUCCCACUUCCUAAUAGACUGAAGGACUACUUGACCGACUACACCUACAAUGUAUAGAGGCUAAAGAACUAUGAAUACAAUACUCACCAAAAUAUUGUGCACUACCCAACCUACAGUGAAGGGCCAUAAAAGACACUAUGGACUUGAGAUGUUCAACUCAACCCAAGGUAUCUUUUGUCAGGGCGUGAGAACUACAGAAGAAUGCUGAGGGUCUUAGAAAAAAGGCCCGCAGACAUUCUACAGUCUUGGCCUGUUGAGUUUGUGUUUUAUGUGUCGGAUACACUGGUCUACACAGACUGCUGUAAGAACACUACCGAAACAAGUUUUCUUGAGGAGUGCACUUCUUCUGAUGCAUCAAGCUUCGGAGAUGCUUCGUUUCCUGUAAUUAAAUGUGUUUGUGAUGCAUCAGUACUGCAUAGAUUCCCAGGUUUUUUGUUUCUGUGUGCACAGUUUCUCUCCAAAUUUAAUAAUGACUGAUGAUUAUAAUGUCUGCUACUUAUAAUACCCUUAAAAGAUAAUGGAUAAUAAUAUUCUUUUAUCUUUGGCUGAUUUUUACUGUCACUAUGUGAAACUGUCUGGUGGCACAGGGAGAUUUCCAGUAUGGCCCUUCUGAGUUUGAUCAGGUUUUUAUUGAUUUCAUUGGUCUCUUCACAUUCUGUCAGAAGAAAUUGCCCUUUUAUGUUGAUUUGUUACAACCUAUCACCAUAACCAUUGUCAGUAAAACAAUAGUUGAAAUCAGCAUAAAAUGGCAACUUCUACUUCUUGUGUUAGGAUUCCCUAGGAUAUUUUCAACUGGGUUUCUAGGAAGAGUUCUUAAUGGAAGGCUGUGUUUCUCUAGGGAUGGAGUCAUUCAUAAGUACAUCACAUCACUUGGUCUACUGUUUAGCCUCUCAGUCACAUCAGUGUUGAAGAAUUCAACCAACCUAUGUGAGAAUUGUAUACAGUGGUGCUCAAUUAACAGUAAAUGUUCUUUAAUAAAGGAAAAUCUAUUUAGUUCCAUAAGUGCUACACAUGAAUUAUUUUUUUCCAAAUGUAUUAAAUUAUUUUUUGGUAA